AUGCACGAGGCCCUACAGGCAAUGGUUCUAAAACCCAUCAUGAAGAGCAUAGGCAGUCUUCAGCGGAGUGUUGACGAACUCAAGAAAGAGAAGGCUGAGAACAAAGGGAACAAGAAGCGUCUCAAGAAGAAUAUGGACAACCUUGGUGACCACCUGGCGUCCGUGGUUCAGAAUGUGCAUGACCUCCAAAGCAAGUUGCAGGGCACCAUGCCUCCACCGCCGGUGAACAACUAA